GUUUGUGGGUAGUUUCCGUACUGGCACAUGUGUCUACUGUGCUAACUGCUAAUAAUUUGCACUUGGCAGGCGUUAGGCACUAGGCAUUUAGGCAAGUAUUUCCAAAGCAAGAGUAUUUCGGUAUUCAAUAAAAUUAAAUUUGUUAAAGUACUCAAAAAAUAUUGUAAUAUGACUUGAGCAAGUGAGUAAUAAGAACUUUUGACUUAAAAUAUAUUAUCGUAAGCUUAGUGCUUAUAUUUCGAGCUCAAACUCUCUUGUUUUAUAAGCUUUUGUUUGUUGUUAAAAACUAGUACACAAUGGAUUUUCCAAGAUCAUGCGAUACAUUCGUGGUUUUACCGCCUCUGACAAAAGGCAAUCUCGUGAUAUUUGGUAAGAAUUCGGAUCGCCCCCAAAAUGAAGUACAAGAAGUUAUAUUGGUAAAAGAUCGGAUUCUUGGAACUAAAUUAAAGUGUACAUAUAUUACUAUAGAUGAAAGUGUUGAUCCGAUUAACAGUGUGAUGUUAAGCAAGCCAGCUUGGAUGUGGGGUGCCGAAAUGGGAGCUAACAACAAGAAUGUUGUUAUUGGUAAUGAAGCAGUCUGGACUAACAACAAUGAUGGUGAAGGAGAUGCUAGAGUAAAACGCUUGCUGGGAAUGGAUUUAGUUAGACUAGGUUUAGAGAGAGGUAAUAGUGCAGAGGAGGCAUUGAAUGUCAUAACAGAUUUGCUAGGGAAGUACGGACAAGGUGGACCAUGUUCAGAAUGUGAUGACAGUCAUUUCUAUCACAACACAUUCCUUAUUGCUGAUACUAAGGAAGCCUGGGUGCUAGAGACUAGUGGAAAGAUCUGGGCUGCUGAGAAGAUAGAAAAUAGUUACCGAAACAUAUCUAAUGGACUGACAAUAACUACAAAGAUUGAUAAGCAUUCAACUGAUCUGUAUAAUGAUGCCAAACAAAUGGGAGUGUGGGAUGGAAAGAGCGAAUUCAACUUUAGUGCGGCAUUUUCUUCUGGCGGUGAUGAAAUGCGAUGGGCACAUGGGAAGCGAUUGCUUGGAGAGCUUAGUAAGGAUAAAUCCUUUGACGUAAAACGGAUGUUUCGUGUGCUGCGAGAUAAGGCCAGUUGUAUUUGCCGGGGCGUUGACGACAUGUUCCCGACUCAAGGAAGCCAGGUAUCAUCGUUAUCGCCACAUGGAGUUACAGUACAUUGGUUUACCGCCACUCCGGACCCCAGCGUCUCAUAUUUCAAACCAUUUGUCUUUACUGCCGACGCUGUGGCCUCUCCCUUCACAGCUAGUCCGAAUGAGGCAAAAAGAGAACAUUAUCUGUACAGAUUGCAUUCAGCGAACAUGACGAGAUCUAAUGACAUGAAAAUACCAAAACUGCUUCGAGAAUUGGAAGAGGCGUGUCUGUCAGAGAUCGACGACUUAGUGGAACUUGAUAGUCUGUUUAAAAACUGCGUGGAAACUGAGGUGAACUUAUACGGUUAUAAAUACAACGAAGACGAAAAAGCCAUGAUGUUAAUUUCUAAAUCCAUAUAGUAGUACCUACUACAGAACAAUUAUCACUACAAAUCAACACAAAAGUGAUUCAAUCAUAUAGGUCAAAAAAGUUACACUUAACAAUGGUCUCAGUUCUAUAUUAUUAGCUCGGAAAAAUUGAGCUUUAAUGAGAAGAAGUGGCAAGAAAGCAUAACCUAUUCUCUAUUUUUCUAGAACAUUCUCUAGUGAAAUAAUUAUAAACAUAUAAUUUUGUUGCCCUGAGCAAUUGUUUUCUCUCAUUUUAAAAAAUAUCUAUAGAUCUGUUUUAUACUUAGGUAAAGAACCAACAAUAGAAAUUACUUAAAAAAUGUUGUACAUAAUAAAGAAUUAAGUAUACCACGGUAUAUAUAACAUGUCUGCAAGAAAAAUGUAACAUUUGCGAUGAAUAUCGUAUUUCUGUGUUGACGUCACAAUUCUUUUCAGCCGUGCACUCGGAUGAUCCAGAGAUGACUCUUUGUCUAUUCAUGAUAUUUAUGACAGCUUCCGUUGUCACGUACACCAAAAUUUAAAUCACAUUAUAUUUAUGUACAUUCGUUAUUUCUGCACUAGUAGAAUUUAUAGCGUGCCAUUAUUUAUGAUAAUAUCUCCCGAUAUUUGUUAUUCAAAGUAUUGAAUACUUGUCUCAAGGAUUCUGCUUCGAGAAAUUUAUCAUUAUUUUGAAAUAUUGUUGCUGCAUACAAAUGUAAUUGUAUUAUUAUUUAAAUAUUAAUAUUGUUAUUCUUUAUACCUACCCCGUCAAAUACCUUACUUUAACUGACUUUGCUAUAAGAUGACAUUAGAUGCUUCAUAUGUUUGGUGAAAUUGAAUAUUUUACAUCAUAAAUAAUUUAUACUUACUUUCUAGUUUAGUAUACCGUGUAUAACAUAUUUUGUAAUAUUGAAGUUUCUUUUAUAUAAGAUUUGAUACCUGGAGCUCUAUUACCAAAAUCGAAAUACGAAGUAACUGUUGACGCAUCGUAUAUUUUCCUAUUACGAAAGUGAUUCGAAUCCGAAGAUCGAUACGAAGUUCGCGAUUAGACAUUUUGUCUUUCUUAUUUACCUUAUUUCCAAACUCACUUGACAUUUACUUUUUCGUUGUUAUUAUGAUGAUAAUUAUAUUAUAUUCAUUAUUAUGAUCACAUGAACUUCACUUUUUAUGGUUAUGUCUAUGGUUCCGAAACGAAACCCAUCCACAGUAUUCGGAACCGAAGUACUUCGGUAAUUGGAUUUAAUUCGAAGUUCGUCGUUCUUUAGUUUCAGGCCGAAACUUCGGCUUUCGUUUUUGGUAAUAGACCUUCUGAAUGUCCUAUUACCAUAAUCGAAAGCCGAAGUUUCGGUCCGAAACGAAAGAACGACGAAAAUCGAAUUAAAUCCUAUUACCUUCGGAAAGUACUUCGGAUCCGAAUAGUGCUGACGGAUUUCGUAUCGGAACCAAAGACACAACCAUAUAAAGCGAAGAUGUAGUUACGAUCAUAAUAAUGUCAAGCGAAUUUGGGAAUACGGUAAACGAAAGACAAAAUGUCUAGUCGCGAACUUCGUAUCGAUAUUCGGAUCCGAAAUCCGUUCGUAAUAGGAAAAUGUACGACCCGCCAACAGAAACUUCGUAUUUCGAUUUUGGUAAUAAGGUACGUACAGACGUGCUCAUUACUAGCACGAAAGCAUGCUUUUUUUGAGCAUGUGCUUACUAGUAGCACGUGUGUACUGUAAUGAGCAUACUUAUUUAGAGCGUGCUUAAAAAUCAAUCGACGUUUGAUUUUCGAGCAUGCUACCUUAGGCGCGGGUAGAAAGGUACGGACAGACGUGCUCAAAAAAAGCGUGUUUUUAAGUAUGCUUAAAGUUAGCGUGCUCAUGCAACUGUUCACACUACACAUCACGCGCCUCAGUUAGCAUGCUCGAAAAUCAAACGUCGGUUGAUUUUUGAGCACGCUCUAAAUAAUGCUAUAAUAUGCUCAUUACAGUACACACGUGCUACUAAUGAGCACAUGCUCAAUAAAAGCAUGCUUUCGUGCUAGUAAUGAGCACGUCUGUCCGUACCUAUAGGGCUCCUGUGCUUUUUGAAGUUUUUUUUAUGUGAUUUGUUACAUGCCCUUAAUUAAGUAUACGAUGAAUAACAUAUUUUGUAAUAUUGAUUGGCUGUGGAUAAAAAGGUUUUGUAAUAUUAAAGCUUUUUGGAUGGAAUUUGAUACAUUUGUUUUCUAGUUUGUUACACGGUGGAUAACAUAUUUUGUAAUGUCGAAGGUUUUUUUAAAUGAGUUUUGUAAAGGUUUUGAGCGAUAAAAUUCCAUUCGACCAGUUGGCCGACAAUAUUUUUGUUGUAUUUUGUAUCAGAAAUGAUAGUAUAUUUAAGUGAUUAUUUACUUGUUAUACCAACAUAUAGCAGCUAGUUUUUUUUAAAGUUUUAUAGAUGUGUUGUUGUGGGGCAGUGUGAUAUAGAAAGGCAAUAAAUUCAAUAAUAAAAUAUUUUUAUUGGUAGAUAUUUUAGAUCUGAAGUCUGCUUUCGCAAUACAUAAUGUUUGUUAUCUAGUAAGAAUUAUUAUGGAUAUGUUUUAACGACGGGGCGCAGAUUUUUAGGAAAAAGGAUAUCAUAAGACGUUCGUCAGCAAUAUUAUUAUUUUUUAAUAUAUUGUUUAAUUGAAUUAGUCGUUAUUGAGCCUUCUUUAGUUUUAAUUCUGCUAAGAUUCGUCUUCAAUCAAUUCGAAACGUGUUUCGCCUCUACACGAGGCGUUCUCAGGAGAUGUUGACUCGCCAAAUUCUGGUUUGUCAACAUGCAACAAGGCUCAAAAGUUAGUAAAAAUAGUUAUAGUAUCGCCGUGUUUCACUUUCAAACUAAGCAUGAAUUAGGUAUCUAUCAAUGUUAUGAAGCUGAGAAAUGUUGGCGAAAUAUCGAGUAGCAUACACAGAAAUCUGUUUUCAUAAAUACAUCAAUCAAAAUAAAUCGUAAACACGAUAAGCAGGGGCCAACGAUAUUGCGACCUUAUGACCUAUUGCAUACAGACGAAGUUGCUUUGUGUGUAUUGGUGUUGAUUUGAUUGAUUUACAACAAAGUUAUUCUGAUACAUCAACGGAUGAUUUUUACAUACAGCCUUAAAGAUAUACGGAUGUUACACUUAAGAAAGUGACGCCCGUCAGUAAUUCUGCCAACAGGCUGACAUAAUCUAAGUUUCAAGUUUACACCUAAUAUUAAUAAAAACAAUAUUGUGUAGGUACUAAUAAUAUUGUUAUUAUUAAUAAGUAGCAAAACUGCGCAUUAAUUAAAUGCGUGGCUACACUUUGGGGCAAUUUUGACAACGAUAUUAUUAAUAAAAAAUAAAUUCGUGCACAUGCACGUACAUAAUAUCUUUGAUAAUUAAAUACAAUAGUAUUGUUAAAUUCAUAAUAAUAGUAUUAUAUAUUAUAUUUUUGUAUAUUCAAUUAUAUUCUAAAUGUACAGUUAAUAAUUAUUGUUUAUGGUUUAGUGCGUUUUGUUAUAAAUUUAAUAAAGUUUUAUGUAUUA